AUGUCAAAAAUACUUGAAGCAUCGAUUCAAAAUUGUAAUUCUGCUCUAAGUAUGAUAAAAUGGUUUUAUAAUAAUUUUAUUAUUAAUUAUCAUAUACGAACAAUACUGCUUAUUAUCAUAUUUUCAUCUUUAAUUAAUUUCGUACAAGCAAAUUACAAUCAGACAGAAACAGAUACAAUCAAAAAUUGUGUUGAUGGUAUGAUAAUACCAAUUUGGCGUCCAUAUUUACAUCUAAAUAUUGGUGAUCGAAUAUUUCGUGGUGUAAUAUACUUUUUUAUAAUUGCUUAUGUAUUUCUUGGAGUAUCUAUUGUUGCUGAUCGUUUUAUGUCAUCAAUUGAGGUUAUAACAAGUAUGGAAAGAACAGUACAGGUAAAAAGACCAGGUUUGGAGCCUUUGAAGGUAAAAGUAAGAAUAUGGAAUGAUACUGUUAGCAAUUUAACGCUAAUGGCACUUGGCUCCUCUGCACCUGAAAUUUUACUGUCAAUCAUUGAGGUGAUUGGAAAAGGUUUUAAUGCAGGUGAUUUGGGACCAAAUACAAUUGUUGGCUCAGCAGCAUUUAAUUUAUUUAUGAUAAUUGCAAUAUGUGUAAUGGCUGUACCAAAUGGUGAAAUUCGACGUCAAAAACAUUUAGACGUGUUUUGCGUCACUGCAACGUGGUCAUUAUUUGCAUAUAUUUGGUUGUAUUUAAUUUUAUCAGUUUUUUCGCCAGGUUUUAUUGAAAUAUGGGAAGGUUUAAAAUAUUUAAAUAAUUAA